CACAUGCACACUCCGUCCACUAGCCAUCCCACGCUACCUGGUGUAUAUUUACCUCUCCCUAAGGCGACUCGCUUGCGACUCGUUUAUAGAAAGUGCUUUGUGUACUGCAAGUCGUUCGUAUGGUCUAAAUAUACCGUCAAGACUUGCGCGAGUGUUGCAUGUGCUCGGACAUAAGGCGCCAGUAGGCGCCCGAAGACGACAUCUCGCAGGCCGGCCGGUGACGGCCCACCUGUGACCUCACUGAUAUGACAUUCCAAACAGAUAUCGGCUGUGAUCAAGCAAGGAUACGAUCGUCCUGAAUGUACGGAGAGAGACAAAGUACGUGCGUUGAUAUUCCUACCUCGAACCAUUGACUUUUGCAUAGGAACAGCCAAUACCUUCAGAGCCAAGCCCGUUGCACGCUUCUGAUUUGAAGGCCAUGCCGUGGUAUCGUUUAUCUUCCACGGUACAUUGCGCACUUGCCGGUCUGCUUUUCGCAACUCCACCCCUGUGGCUACGUCUCAUUUUUGGUCCGGGGUCCAUCAUUCCUCAUGGACCGUGGAGAAUCCCGCGUUCGUCUUAUCAGCUUCUUUGCCCAGAUGGGGCUUGAGUUCGAGUCGCACUUUCUUCUUCCUUGCCAUCGCCAUCCGAGUGCAGAGGAGUACCGACACAAUGACGUCUCCAGUAGGGCGCUCAAACCCUCCCUCUUUGGGAAAGGACAACUCUUCGGAACGGGAAGUCGAACUUGGCACCGAGGAUGAGAAGAGUAGUCUUUACCGCCCGGAGGUGGACACGUCCAACAUCAACGAGCGCAAGCUCAUACGCAAGCUCGACUGGAGGACGAUUCCAUGGCCAGCCCUACUAUAUCUGUUCUGCUUCCUGGACCGUUCUAGUAUCGGUAAUGCCAGACUCUACAACAUGGAGAAGGAUCUAAACAUUACCGACACCCAGUACCUCCUCGCUCUGACGAUCUUUUUCUUCUCUUUCGCUGCCUUCGAGCUACCCUCGAACCUCAUGUUAAGGCGCUUGAAACCUUCGGUUUGGUUUUCCACUCUAAUGGUAUUUUGGGGAAUUGCCAUGACAACCCAAGGACUCGUGCACAACUACGGUGGCUUAAUGACUGUACGCUGGUGGGUCGGCGCCUUCGAGGCUGGAAUUUACCCUGGCGUCAACUACUACCUUUCCUGCUGGUACAAACGAUCUGAGUUCGGCCUUCGCGCGUCUAUCUUCUUUUCGGCUGCUACAGUUUCAGGAGCAUUCGGCGGAUUACUGGCCGUCGCCAUCGCCGAAAUGGAUGGGCUCGGAGGCAAAGCAGGCUGGGCAUGGAUUUUCAUCAUUGAAGGCCUCGCCACCAUCGUUCUCGGCAUUCUUUCGUUCUGGAUCAUCGUUGAUUUCCCUAACGACGCCAAGUUUCUCACCGAAGCCGAGCAGGUCUUUGUCAUCCGCAGACUACAGGAGGAUAAGCAAAUGGGCGUGACGGGAGAGAACUUCGACUGGAAAGCGGUGAAGCAAAGUCUUUCCGACCCCUAUACAUACCUCGGCAUCGUCAUCUUUGCUGGUAGCGGUAUGCCGCUGUACGCAUUUUCCUUGUUUCUACCAAGUAUUAUCAGCGAGGUACGUUACAAAGCAACCCCCGCAAAUUUACUGACCGUCCCUGUCUACGUCAUGGCAUGUAUCUUUACAUGCGGCGUGAGUUAUCUCGCAGACCGGUACGGGAACCGCGGAUGGUGGAAUUUCACUUGCCUGUCCAUAAGUGCAGCCGGGUACAUCAUCCUGAUUGCCUCCAGAAAUGCGACGUUGUCGUAUGUUGCCGUGUACCUCUCAGCCAGCGGCAUCUAUCCAUGCAUAUCAAAUACAAUGGCAUGGGUAGGAAACAAUGUAGAAGGAACGUACAAACGAAGUGUGACCAUGGCUAUGGUAGUCUCACUGGGCAUCCUUCAAGGCGCAGUCAGCUCCAACGUCUACAGAGCCAACCAGACGCCGUGGUACCCACUCGGUCACGGUAUUGUCCUGAUGUACAUCGGCAUCGGACUGGUCUCUACGCUAUGGUACAUCAUCGUGCUGAAGAUGGAGAACGCUCGGCGCGACAGGGGCGAACGCGACGAGAUCAUAAACGGCAUCCCUGGCGGCCACGAAGUGAACGGGCGCUUUGCGACCGUCGAGGACGCCAGGCGCGAGAAGGGUGAUCGCUGGAGUGGAUUCAGGUACACUCUUUAGAUUGCAUUGCGAACUUUAUAUGAGGUAGCGGUGAGGAAAGUAGUCAGUGUAUAGAAACUAUGAAAAUAAUGUCAGUUUCGCC